UGUUGUCACAUUCUGUUAUCCUCCAAGUUCAAAUUUGGAAACAUUUGUCGCUUUAAUGUGUUUAAGUUAUUAAUGUGAGCUGGUCUAAAUGUAGGCUAUUGAAUGGCGAAGAAUUAAGUGGACAUAAAGGGUCGGUGUGCAGUUUGGGUACGCUCAUUCUUCUACCUCUGCCGUGAACAUCCCUCUCCUCUGGACCAGAGUGCAACCUGCGUGAUUUUAAAGCAAAAUGGCGACAGUCUAACAGAGGUAAAGGCGAGUAACCGUGUCAGGUGCUAUGGGUGCAAUGACAAACUUAAGGACAUGAGUCGUCGUCCUGAGGUGUGUUUUCUAAGAGCCAUGUGGUGGAAUUAGUGCUUCAACAUAGACUGAAAGUAUUGCUACUAUGUCUGAUCUGAAGCCAAAUGCACAAGAGGACAAAGACGUGGAGCUGGUGUCUGACAGCCCAGGUCGUACUCUGGAGCCAUUACAGACUCACACAUUCUCCCUGAAGAACAAUGCUGCAGGUCUGUCCUCAGAUGAACACGAAAACCCUUUAAAUGGAACCCAGCCGAAUCCAUUUGUAUACAGCAGUGUCCCUGCUGUUCCCCAAGCAGGCAAUUUUUUGCCUUCAGGAGCACUUGUUAAUGGACCUGGUUCACACCCCAGCUCAGAGGUACACUGUGUCCUGAACAAAGGCACUGUUUUAUCCAACAAUGUCCUGGAUGCCGCGUGGCAAGCGGAGAAGGACAAGAGCCCCGAGGUGUUACCACCACCUAGUGAGCUUCAAUCAGACGCUUGGAAGAACACAGCGGGGUCCAUCGUAAAAACACUGGCCACACAGCCAGGUGUCAACACGCCACUGUCUCACUCGGAGGAGAAUGAGUCCAAACUGGCCUAUUCCACACUGUCAGGUGCAGACAGUGCAGAGCAAAUGCACAUUAGCCAACUUCUGACAAAACAGACAAUGAAAACAAGAUCUCGACGGGACGUAGAACGGUCAGAAAGCUCCUCGGAUGAUUAUGAUGAUGCUGAAGUAAUCAGAUGGGAUUCAGCAAGAGAGUGCUUCUUGCACAAUGACAGAAGGCUGGAGACCAAAGUGAUGCACCAAAGACACAGGAAGCACAAUACACAUGUAAAAACCAUGUCAGGCUCUCUAGAAAAGGUUAACCACAGUUUAAAUCACACAUACAGACCUUUCUCUUACUGCAGUGGUAAUCAUGUUGAAAAUGUUGACAUUGUCAACAAAGAUGAUUCUUUGGGUACCCAAUCGGAUAUUAGAUAUUCUGAUGUGCCACUCAAAGAUCUUUCUAGGAACACAGCCUCCGACUCUGAUGACCGUAUUCAUAGCACAGCACAGGAAAGCUGUAAUGAGGAAAAUGACCCUGAAGAUGAAGACAAUUGUAGUUCAAAAGUGGAACAGUUGAAGACAGAACACAUUGAACAUGAUCCACUCUUCUUUUCAUGCACAAUAUGCAAUGUUAAUUUCAAGGAAAAAGGACAUUUCCAUAGACAUAUGAUGUAUCAUUUAGGCAAGCAUAAUCAGGUGAACAGUGCGAAUGUCUCACAGCCCUUUAUAUGCAGGGAGUGUGGGCGUCUGUUCUGUGAUAGCAACUCCCUCAUGAGGCACAUCAUUAUUCACCAAGACGGAAUGGAAAAACUUACGGAAGAAAUCAAAGGUCUUAAAAACACUGAGUUGGAAGACAGGGGUACUACAGUGCAGUGCCCUCAGUGUGUAUUUGGUUGUAAUUGUCCUAAAAUCUCUGUCCAGCACGCCAAAACACAUGAUAAUCUGAAGCACUACUACUUCUGCGAGGAGUGUAACUACAUUACAUUGACACAGCAGGCACUUGAAGCACACUUGCAUGUUGCACACCUCAACACACACCAGCCUCAAUACAGGAAAGUGACUCACACUAACGAUGCAGAGGAAGAGGACCAUGUUCAGUUUCAGCGUAAAAUGGGUUUUUUCACAAGUAGAGACAAAGUAGUAUUGGAAAGACAUUCUGAGCUGGAGCAUCUGCGAUCACACUGUGGUGAUUAUAAAAAGGUUGCUGACCAGCCCAAAAUUGUAAUGUCUAAACCAAAUCUGUUUAAGCCGACUCUUGGAGGAACGGCUCACUUCCUACACUGGUCCUGUAAAAAAGGGGACAUUUACAUUCAAAAGUCCCAAAACAAAACUGUAAAUCCUUCUCAGUUUAGGUGCCGUUUUGGCUACAGCAAAAACGUGCUGUCACCGUCUUUGUGGAGGGUCGACAGGCAUGGAAAAUUACUCCUCCAACCAGUAGAAAGAUUAGACGUGGCAACUGAUAUCACCUGUGUGGAAAAAGAGGGAAAAAACAAUGACUGCAAGGCUUUUGGCAGCUCAAAGCAGGCAAACCGUCCUGCAACUGCUGAUUCUUUAUCAACCAGAAAUCUUAAGUUAGAUCAGAUGUUCUGCCAGGGUAGCAAGAACGACCCAACGAGAGGGAGUUUACAAGCGCAUGCAAACCAAAAUUCUCUGUCAAUGAGAAAAAUGUCAAAGCCCUUGCAUAACACUAUUGACAAUAUAAAUGGUAAUAUAUCGCCAUGGCUUUGCCAGAGGCUCAGGAAACAGUCUGCAGAUAAGGAGUUAGAGAAAGGCUUUGAGGGCAGCAAUAACUUCAGUGCUGACACCAGUGAAGGCACAGGCAGCUUCUUGGAAAGCAAGAAUGUAAGGAACCCGUAUGCUCGGAGGUAUUUCAGAAAAAGGCAGAGGUUUUCAGCCAAAGACCAAAGCCCUAGUGUACUCAAAGAUGAAGAUGAUGGAGAUGAAGACUGCAGUGACAUAGAGCAACUCAUAAUCAAGGAGGAGUAUAUCGAAACAACAGUGUGUGAUGAUUCCACAGAGCCGCCUUGUAUGUCUACAGGUGACAGCUUUGAUGUUUUCCCCACGCCAGGGGUAGAACACAAGCCCUGUCCGUACUGCCCUGCCAUGUUUGAGUCUGGAGUGGGUCUGUCCAAUCAUGUGCGAGGGCACCUUCACCGAGUUGGCUUAAGCUAUAAUGCUCGGCACAUGGUUUCGCCAGAGCAAGUGGCAUUGCAAGACCAUCAGCCACGAAUCCGCAGAAGAAUCCCCUGUGGCACAAGGAGAAAAACUGUUAAUCCAGAAACCCAUGGAGAGCACACAUGUCCCCUGUGCUGGGGUUGGUUUGAUACUAAGACUGGCCUCUCCAACCAUGUGAGGGGACACCUGAAACGAAUUGGUAAAGGUGUUACCAGCACCAGUAAGUCCCCGCUGUGCAUCCUAAAUGAACUGUUACAAGACAAAAAGGAACGUCAGAACAUCCUUCAGGUCCUUAACAAGAGCCAGUUUCCUUCACCCUCCUUUGUCUCUCAGAAGUUCAGCAGCAAUGGCCUGAUCCUAAUGCACAUGGGCAUCCCAGUGAAAAUCCAGCAUGAGAUGAGGCGUCCACAUCCUUUAUUGGACAGCUUUCUACCAAAACAGGAGGCAGAAGCCUUUUCGGAAAGGAAGAAGCUUCAGGAAGAAGCACAAAGAGGCACUAAGGCCUGCUCAAGUACUUUAGUUGAACUGCUCAAGAUGAGACAGGAAAGUAUGGAUCUUACAGCGAGAAACAACCAGGAAGCCUGUGCAGCCAGGAAGAGCUGUGAUUUGACCAAAGAUUACAUGGAGGAGACACAGAUGACCAGUGUGGAACCCAACUGGGCUCAUGGGGAAUGUGAUUCGAAUAAGAUUUGUAUUCAGUGUAACAGCGCCUUCCCAAGGCUUCCUGGUCAUCUUCGAGCCUAUGCACACAGGAAGAGGAUUGCCAUUUUGGAAGGACCAAGCUAUGAUUAUAAGCAGAAGAAGCCAAGACCAAGGCCUGGGCUAAAAAAGAAGAUUGUAUCCUCCUUGAAUGCAGAGAUAUACACGCUCACAUGCAGAUUCUGUGACCUCGUCUUUCAGGGUCCCCUUUCCAUCCAGGAGGAUUGGAUCAAGCACUUACAGAGGCACCUUCUGCACACCAGCGUGCCCCACUCAGGGACAGGGAUGGUCGAAGUUUUGGGUCUUCAUCACAAAAUACAAAUGAGUAUGUCUCCUGAGCACCCAGAUCUUGAGUAGAGUUUUACCCAUCGAGAACUUCCAAUUGCUCGAAUUUGCACUUUGUUUAUAUGUACGUACUGUAUAAUCAACACAUUGUUUUAGAUUAGUCCUGCAAUUGUUUAUUGACAUAUAUAAGAGUUAAUCCAGACUACCCAAUAAUAUAUAUUAACUACUCAAUAGUAUAUAUUAAUUAUACUGUAUAUAUUAGCAAAACUUGAUAUGAUAUUUUAAUGCUAUGCUUUGCCUUAUCAAUUUAGCUUAUAAAAACUUAUAGGAUUUAUCUUUAUUGCAUCUUCAUCUUAUACUGCUGUAUAAGUUAGCAGUGGCAAAACCACAGCGGCAGUAUGAAGCUGGUCUGGCAGUGCAGAACUGCCAUUGUUAGAAAAACAUUGUUCUGUGUUUGUCAUGAAAGUGCCUUGUUAUAAAAACAUUUUGUUCUAAUGAGAAAACAGCAUGAUAUAAUGACAUAUAUAUAU